AUGGACAAACGGGACGAGUUCGUCAGGCCAAAAGACUGGCACGAGGUGAAGAUCCUUCGCUGCAACGUUUGUGGCGAAUCAUUUGUAUACAAGAAGAGCUUGGAGAAGCAUGCGCAGAUGCAUGAAACUAAGAUAAUGUUCUUCUGCAAUCUUUGUGAACGUCAUUACACUCGGAAGGACAACUUAAGAGCCCACUACCGUGAACACCAUCCGUCGGCCGUAGAUGAGGUGGCGGACAUUCCUGCAGAAACCACGGACGAAAGACACCACAGGAUGAGUAAGGAUAAACAGGAUACAGCACUGAAGUCGAGAGAGGGUAGGAAGGGUACACACACGGAGACCAGACCACCUAGGGAAGUAUCAAAAACUCCAACUCAAUUACCCCAGGCCGGAUCUAAGCGGAAGCAGUCAGAGCCGCGGGAGCAGCCAGAUCCGAAGAAACGCCAGAACACACCAAGGAGGAAGGACAAGACACCUCCAACGACUCCAAAAGAUUCUCCAAGGAAAGCGGCAAGUGGCAUCAACCAGAAUCCAAGUACCCCGGAACACUUGAUCUCUCUAUCCCCUGCAUCAAAUUCCCUGAUUGACCAGUGCCCAAGCAGCGAGGUUCCUGCUGUUCCUUGUGUUCCGGUCCGGGGGAAACCCAGAGGCAUGCUACAACUGCUUGCGAACGAAUUGGAGUCGAGCAGCGACAGUGAGGACAGCAGCGGCUUACAGAUAAAUAGUAAGUCCAAGAGCCAGGAGAGCGAAGGAAGCCUGUCACCUGAGCAAGUGUCUACUCGAGUAGAUGUAGGCCGAGUAUUGAAGGGAAGUAGGCUGAAACUGCUGAGUAGUUCUGAGCAGUCAAGACGUCAGCUGGAAGCCAAGCCAGCAUCUGCAAGGAUGUAUAAAGUUGAUGGUGACCCUGGUGCCACUGCAAAGCCAGCUUCUACGACCGACUUGGAGAGGAUGAUGGUGGGUAGGGUGCAGCGACUGCAAGAAGUUUCGACACGCAGCAUCUUCCAUGGUGGGGUCAAGAUCUCAGAAGAAAUAACAGAAAGGAUCUACGACGUGACCUUCGAAGCCGGUUUUGUUUUUGAUUAA